AUGAACAAGAUGCUUCAACUAGUGGGCCUGCUAGUGACAACUGGUCUCCUCUCUCCAUGCAUGGCAGAGACCUUCUAUAUUGCUCCAACUCUCCCAGCAACUGACUGUCCUGCACCUUGUCACACCCUAGACCAGUUUGCUCAGAACCAGACUUUAUUAGCUGGCUACAACAACAUCACCCUGACAUUCCUGGAGGGAGUCCACGACCUCAACAGCCUCCUGUAUGUUGUAAGUGAGCUCAAUAUAAUUUUACAGCCAGCACUUCUAAACCAACGGCAACUACUGAAAGUUAUUGGUCGAUCUGACAGACUAGCAAUCAUAGCAAAUGCAUCAAAUAUUUUGAUCAAAGGACUUUCUUUUGAGAAGGUUGCACUAUUUGUCAAUGUAAGUGAUGAUUCUGAAAUCGAAGACCAUAAAGUAACUAUCCAAUGGUGUGACUGGUGUAUUGGUGGCUUGGAAGUAUCUGGAAGUAUAAAUGUUACUGCUGAAAUAAGUGAUUCGAGUUUCAAUGGAUACUCUGUUUAUGGGGAUGGCUUUUUUUCAUACUCACCGCGUCACUUACCAAUGAAUGGAUACUACUCUAUUACACUCCAAAACAGUGUCUUCACUAAAUACACGGAAUAUGGCAUUAUCAGUGUGUACCCAAACUCGUACAUAACAAUCAAAAACUCCACUAUAUCUCAUAAUCGUCAAGGAGCUUUUGUCCAGUUUGUAAAGAAACUUUUGAUUCAAGACAGUAUGAUAUUUCAGACUGACAACUAUGGAUUAUAUACUAAUGUCAUACCAAAUGUGACAAUUGUCAAUUCGGAGAUCAGUGAAAAUAGUGUUGGCUAUGCAUCAUUAAACUCGGGCAUAACACUCAGAAACUCUCGGAUUGAUAGCAAUGAGAUUGGACUUUCACUAGCUAUGAUUGAUGAUGUAUUAUUUUUUGGCCCAAUCGUUGAAAUGGAUCAUUGUAAUUUCACACGAAACAGUGUUGUUGGAAUUUGGUUAUUAACUUACAAAAAAGAAGAAGCAAUUUUCAGGGACUGUAUAUUCGAUAACAGCAGAGAAACACCGAUCCUAGCCUACCAAAGUACCUUCCAGAUGGCAGGAGAAACUGUGUUUUCUAACAAUAUUGCCAAAAGGGGAGGUGGACUGGCCUUGUAUCAAUCAACAGUGUUUUUUGAUUCAGGAUCGACUACACAGUUUGAGAACAAUACAGCUAUUGAGUAUGGUGGGGGGAUCUACAUUGCUACAGCUCCACCUCUUCUUCCGCUGCUACUAGUUGCUGUGGAAAACGGAAUCAAAACAGAGGAUUUGUUUGUCUAUAUCGAUAGUUUUAUCACUAAUAGACCUUGCUUUUAUUCUUAUGCCAGUGGUGAUACUCAAGUGAAAUUUUUUGGGAAUAAUGCUGGUUUUGGUGGAAGAGACAUCUUUGGACUAACAAGAACAUCGUAUUUUGAGGAGCAUUGCUCAGUUUCAGAGCAUAGUAUCUUUGAUUUCGACAAUUCAGUACCAAGUACUUUUCAACUUGCGUCAGACCCUUCUCGAGUGUGUUUCUGUGUAAACGAUACACCACAGUGCCAAAACCGUGCGUACCUUGUAGUUAACGAGACAAGGUUUCCAGGGGAGAGCUUUGAGACUUCUGUAGCUCUCGUGGGAUUCAACUUUAGCAGAGUAACAGGAGCUGUGUUUGCUACUGUGCUGGAUGGGCAGGCUGGAAAUAUCAGUGACAGUCAAAAUAUACAAUCUAUUAAUGCCUAUGUCCAAUGUAGGGAACUAACGUAUACAGUAUUGUCUAACCAAACAAGUAGGCCCCUUAAAUUGGGCCUCUCUGUUAAAGAAUUGUUUGUUCAAGACAAUCAUAACGAUAUAAUUAAAGACAGUGUAAACAGCGUAUACUCCGAUGCAUGCACCGAUACAACCUCCCCACUACUGUGUACAGCUCUUCUCACUACGUCCAUCUACAUUAACAUCACUGUGGAUAACUGUCCACUGGGGUUUCAGCUUAAUAAAACUUUAGGGGUGUGCGAAUGCGACGAAAACACUAAGCAGUUGAAGUUGACCUGUGAUAUUCAAAAUCACACUGGCUACAUCACCAGAGAAGGAACUGUGUGGGUGGGAAUGGACACAGCCAAAAAUGAAACUGACCUUUACUACUGGCAUCAAUACUGUCAUAGUGACUACUGCAAUCAAACCUCAACAUUGGUUGACUUGAGAUCACCUGUUUCACAAUGUAGUUCGAACCGUGCUGGAAUUUUGUGUGGGAAAUGUAAAGGAAACUACAGCCUGCAAUUAGGAAGUAAUCGAUGCAAACAAUGUGACAAUAGUUCUGUUGCUCUGUUGAUAGUGUUCGCCAUCCUUGGAAUUAUACUGGUUGCUAUGAUUACACUCUUCGAUUUCACAGUUGCCAAUGGUACCAUAAAUGGACUCAUAUUCUACGCAAAUGUUGUGUGA